AUGCUCACUAGCUUGGAAGUUUUCUUCAUGAUACUAGCAAUAGUGGAAUUCAUAAUUGCAAUGUUGGGAAAUGUGUUUAUUGGACUAGUAAACUGCUGUGAAUGGGUCAAGACCCAAAAGAUCUCUUUCUUUGACCUCAUUCUCACUGGCUUGGCUGUCUCCAGAAUAAGUCUACUACUCUUGUAUUUGCUAGAGUCAUUUGUAAUGGGACCAUUCCUAGAAUUCUAUGCCACUUAUAAACUAGCAAAACCUCUUAGUUUGCUUUGGAGAAUAACUAAUCACUGGACGACCUGGUUUGCCACCUGCUUAAGCGUUUUCUACCUCCUUAAGGUUGCUCAAUUCUCCCAUCCCCUUUUCCUUUGGCUCAAGUGGAGAUUGAACAGAGUGGUUCUCAUGAUUCUUGUGUUGUCUUUGUUUUUUCUAAUUUUUGACUUAUUUUUGUUAGAAACAUUUAAUGAUCUCUUCCAGGAUGUCUAUGCAAUAAAUGGACACAGUCUUAAUUCAUCUAUAGACAAAAGAAGUAUUUUCUAUGUCCAAUCACUGAUUCUUCUUAAUUUGACUUCUUGCAUUCCCAUUAUGGUAACUUUAACCUCCUUGUUGUUUUUGUUUCUGUCCUUGGUGAGACAUACCAAAAACUUGCAACUCAACUCCUUGGGUACCAAGGACACUAGCAUUGAAGCUCAUAAAAAGGCCAUGAAUAUGAUGAUGUCUUUUCUCGCCCUCUUCAUAGUUCACUUCAUUUUCACACAAUUGGCAAGUUGGAUAUUUCAUAUGUUUUGGAGUAAUAAGUUUAUCAAGUUUAUAUUGCUAGCAGUAUAUGUCUUUCCUUUAGGCCAUUCAUUUAUUUUGAUUCUGGGAAACAGCAAGCUAAGACAAACGGCCUUAAAGGGAUUAUACCAUCUUCAAAGCUUCUUUUUGUCUAAAUCUGGGCUUUAUACAUAG